AUGGCUGACUCCCAGGCUUCCGCUGUCCAAACUCCUCCCUUCUCUCCUCAGUACUUCCAGAAACCCUCAGAUGGUGACCGAUGGCCAAAGACACCAUCAGGCCUGAAGCUGAAGCCUGUGCCCUCCCAGCUGCCCCGCUCCUGGAUGCAGGACCGCCAGCAGUGCCUGGCCGCCGCCUACAUGCCAGUCGUGGUGGACCAUCGGGAGCAAAACUCAGACAAGCUCAGGUUCCACUUCUACACCCCCCAGUAUUGCAAUUCCCUGAACCCCUUCUGCACACUGCAGAAGCCCACCUGCGGCUACCUGUACCACAGGGACACUGACCACACCCGCAAGCGCUUCGACGUGCUGCCUGCCAACUUGGUCUUGUGGCGCUCCUAG